AGUUUGCUACACGCACACAGAUGUCAGCAGAGUUUCUCAAUCUGUCACUUUGCUAGGUGGGGAGCGUUUGAUUGUGGAAGGAAAAAAUCGGAUACAGUAACUAUGUUUCACUGACAACUCCUGUGACCCGACUUCCGAUGAACACUUCGCUUAAUAGCGUAGUGUUAUCACCUUUUAACCGCUACACCUUUUAGCUGUUCUUUUAGUUAUUUGACAACCGUGGAGCAACACCCAUGCGAGUCCCGAGUCAGAAGUUGCCGUGCUAACCGCCGUUAGCUGCUGCUGCUGCUGCUGCUGCUGCUGCUUUGCGUCGCUAUGUUUUCUCCGUUAGACUGGAAACUGCCCGUGAAAAGAGCGGUUUUUUAAUUGCGUCGGCUAGUUUUUUCUUAGCUGCAAAGUAAGCGUCACUUUGACCAGUUUGCCGUUUUGUAAAACGAAGCCAUCGGUCUUGUCACAGAAAUGGGACUACACCCGCUGGAAUUUAGUGAAUGCUAUCUGGACAGCCCCUGCUUCAGGGAGAAAAUAAAGGCACACGAAGCAGAGCUGGACAAAACUAACAGAUUUAUCAAAGAACUGUACAAAGAUGGGAAGAACCUCAUCAAUGCAACAAAGCAGCUUGGUGCGGCCCAGCGAAGAUUUGCCCAGUGCCUGGGAGAGUUUCAGUUUGAGUACAUCGGAGAUGCAAAGACAGAUGAUGAGAAAUGUAUUGAUGAGUCUUUGCAAGAAUUCUCCUCAUUCCUCAAGAACCUAGAGGACCAAAGAGAGUUGAUGAUGAGAAACAUCACUGAAACCCUAAUGAAACCCCUGGAGAAGUUCAGGAAAGAGCAUCUUGGAACAGUCAGGGCGGAAAAAAAGAAGUAUGAGAAAGAAACGGAGAAGUACUACAGCUCCCUGGAAAAGCUUCUGAAUAUGUCAGCCAAGAAGAAAGAGCCACAGCUACAAGAGGCUGACAUCCAGGUGGAAAUCAUGAGGCAGCACUUUCAGGAGGAGUCACUGGACUACGUGUGCAAACUACAGGAGAUCCAGGAGAGAAAGAAGUUUGAGUGUGUGGAGCCGAUGCUGGCCUUCUUUCAGACAGUCUUCACCUUUUAUCACCAGGGCUUCGAGCUCGCCAAGGACUUUGACCAUUAUAAAAGAGCGCUGCAGAUCAAUAUUCAGAAUACAAGGAGUCGAUUCGAGGGCACACGGUCAGAGGUGAACGAGCUGAUGAAGAGGAUCAGGGAGGCACCUCAAGAAUACAGACAGACCAGCCCUAUCAGUUUUGAAGGCUACCUUUAUGUACAGGAAAAACGGCCACCUCCGUUUGGUUCAAGUUGGGUCAAACGCUACUGCACAUUUGUCAAAGAGCAGAAGAUCCUGCACAUGGUGACCUUUGACCACAGAUCUGGUGGAAAGAUUGGUGAGACAGAGUCUGUCACGCUUAAAUCCUGCGUCCGCAAAACGACAGACAUGUUGGACAGGAGGUUCUGCUUAGAACUCGACAUAACAGAUCGGCCAGGGACGGUGCUAACAGUACAAGCUCUGUCAGAGGAUGACUUCAAAUUUUGGAUGCAGGCCAUGGGUGGGAAGGAACCUAUUGGGCACUAUCUUGGGAGGACUUAUUCUAAAGAAAGAGGAAUUGAUGCCCAGCUGGAUGAUGUGGGUUUAAGUUUUGUGAAGAACUCCAUCAGUGCCAUAGAGACGAGAGGUAUUAAUGACCAAGGUCUGUACAGAGUUGGUGGGGUAAGCUCCAAAGUCCAGAAGCUCCUCACAUUAAUGAUUGAUGAGAAGAGCAGCGAGGUGGAUCUGUCUACCAGCGAGGACUGGGAUGUCAAGACAAUUACGAGUUCACUGAAGCUUUAUCUGAGGAGCCUUCCUGAGCCGUUGAUGACCUAUGGACUUUACAAAGAGUUUAUUAGCCCUGCGAAGGGCUGUAGUCCAGAGUCUCGCAUCCAGGCCAUCCACUGCCUGGUCCACAAACUACCGGAGAGGAAUCGACAAGUCCUCGGGCUGCUUAUGAAGCAUCUGGCCAAUGUGGCGGCGCACAGUAAACAGAAUCUGAUGACCGUGGCCAACCUGGGCGUGGUGUUUGGUCCCACAUUAAUGAGGCCGCAGGAGGAGACUGUCGCUGCCAUCAUGGAUCUAAAGUUCCAGAACAUUGUGGUGGAGAUCCUCAUUGAACACCAUGAAAAGAUUUUUGCAGAUGCUCCAGAGUCAUGCCCUCUUUCACCUGCUGCCCCAGUAGUCUCUGCUCCCACAAGGCAGUCCAAGAAGCUGAGUCGACAUAAUCGACCCCUGGCUGUCUACAAUCCACAAGCCUUAGACAUUCAGAAUGUGUCAGCAGUGGGAGAUAGUUCCAGCCUAACUACAGACGAGACAUCAAUGGGCAGCAAUGAGUCUGUAUCGUCCCAGUCGUCGUCCGCCUCGGCCUCAGAGACGCCUACUGAGAGGAGUGACCAUGCCCCGCUUAGCACCAGCCUCAGCUCAGGCAGCAACUCCAAGGCCUCCACAGCAGGAGGGUUCUGGUCCAAUCCUGGAGCGGCAGGAGAGAACCAACCUGCUGCCACCACAGCUGCCUCUGAAAAAGAAAAGCCAGAGGAGAGUGUCACCAGCAGGAAAGCCAAGGCAGUGUACCCAUGUGAGGCUGAGCACGACUCUGAGCUCUCCUUCGAGGUCGGCGCAAUAUUCAACGCCGUGACCCGGUCGAGAGAGCCGGGCUGGCUGGAGGGCGAGCUGGAGGGAAAGAGGGGCCUCAUCCCUGAAAACUAUGUGGAGAUGCUGUAGCCCCAAAUGGAAAUAUUUAUGGACAAGUUAUCAGCUCCACCUGGAACAGUCUGUGGACACGCGUGUGCCUCAACCCGGACAUUCACAGGAGAGCCUUGUUUAGUCAAAUCCCUGAUCUCUCUCAAGCAAAGUGACGAUAUGGACUGUUCUUGAUACACAAGUAUAUGCAUUUUCUUUUUGGUUUAAUGGUAGAUCCAGAUGCAUGUGCAAGCAUAUCUCUUAGUCUGAAUUUACUUUGGUUGAGCAACCCACAUGUAUUUCAGCAUUUUAAUUCCAAAAAGGGGUUAGCACUUAAAAUAUUCUGCUGUAUACAAAGAUGCUGUAGCCAGUAAACAUCCAGGUAGCUUAGCAACAGAGAACAGAGAGUCCCCCCUCUCCUCCCCCGCCCCCGUCUGUCUCUUUCUCUCCCUCUCUCUGCCCCCCACCCCGUCUCUGUUACGGGCCUCACUCUCUCCCCCAGUUACACAUGGUAUCCAUGAGCUCCCAAGUCAGAGAAUGAUAACUGUAAGGAUCGAUGAAUGUCAAAUCACUCUAAUCAGUUUUUUUUGUUUGGUUUUGUUUUGGAUUUUUUUUUUUGCACCAAAUCUAGCAGCUUUAGACUCUGUUGACAAUGUUUUGAGCUUCUCAGAGAUUAGAGAUCCUGUACAUUUUUUGCCUUAAGCAUCAGAGCACCCAAGUGUAAAGUGUAUGUAUGAGUAUGCAUGAAAAUUGAAUUGGAGUGUUACUGCUUUAGCUUUUAAAAUGGUGCAUCGUUCUGUCAUUUUAAGAAUAUUUGGAUAUUCAAAAUGAGGCAAAGUACAUUUCAUUUUAUUUAAUUGACACACUGAUUGCAUGACUUUUGAAUUUUAAAGACACUUUGUACUGUUUUGUUCUUGGUGCACUCCUUCACGGACACACAGUGAAACGCCUCUUCGAUGCCUAAUGAACCUCUUGUGUUAAACACUAGCGGCAGACAGAGUUGGCAGAGGUACAUUUCAGUUGGUAAUGAUUGAGACCAAGUGUUUUUUUUGUCUGUCAAAGUUUGUUUGUUUUUACAGCUUAUUCUGAACGCUGUUCAGUUUCCUCUGAGCAGAGAAAUGAGACACUCCCGCAAGUUGAAAUUAUAGCUUAUUUUAUCUGCGACUUGAGUGGAAGUUUUAUUAUCAGUAAGACCAGAAAAUGCAGUAUUUCAAAGUUUCACGUUCAGUGUAUGUUCAAGUAGUUAUGACUGCCAAGUAUGUUUUACACAUCUCCGUUAAGUGGUGGACAGGUUUUAAGUUUUAAUCUGGUUUGGUUUCAGCAUGUACACGUGUCCCAUUGCAGUUCAUCCCUCAGCUGUUCGACAAGACACUUUCAUUUGUCUGAGAGCUCUGGUUCAGCAGACUGUGUUUUCAGUUGCAGUAAUUUAAGACAUUGAUUUAUGAUGUUUGUAAAGGGCCUUGACUUCUUUUUAUACCUUUGGGCAUCCUCUUGAUCAAUGUUAAACAAAUAAAGUUUGUUUUGUUCUUUACUGUAUUAUAUAUUUUUUGCCAUAAAAUAAAUGUGAUAAAUUAUCAUUAAAAUUGAACAGAUCGAAGUCU